GUCGAGAGAGUUGAGAAUCACGAAUCUGCUCUUUAAUCUUGCUCUCAAUUGAGUGACGUUUUCAGUUCGUCGCGUCGAAAAUCGCAUUCUUCAUUUCGUCCAGUGACUGGAAAGUGUGUUAAGUGAAGUCGGAAAAUCCUUGUUCGCAAAAUGGCGGCCACUUUGGAGUCCAUGAUGAACACGUUCAACUCGAAAAUUGAAGCGCCCGUGCGCACUCACUUGAAGUCCGUGUACGCCUCGUUGGCCUUGUCCAUCUUGAGCGCGGCUGGCGGAGCCUACAUCCACAUGUUCACCAACUUGUUGCGUGGUGGAGGCAUCCUCUUCUCACUCGUGGGCUUGGGCCUGGCAAUGGGCCUUCAUUUCACUCCGGACAAUGGCAAGAACCGAAACCAACGCAUGGCCAUGUUGCUGGGCUUUGCCUUUCUCUCCGGUUUGGGAAUGGGUCCCAUGUUGGAUAUGGCCGUUCGUCUGAAUCCGGCCAUUGUGCCCAAUGCUUUCCUGCUCUCCUCGGUUAUCUUUGCCUGCUUUUCCGGUGCGGCUCUUUUCGCGCCUAAUGGCCAAUACUUGGCCCUGGGUGGCACCCUCAUGUCGGCCAUGUCCAUGAUGUUCUGGUUGGGUCUCGCGAACCUGUUCUUUCAGUCUCAGCUCAUUUUCCAGGUCUACCUGUGGGGUGGUCUAUUGCUGUUCUGCGGGUUCAUCGUUUAUGACACUCAAAUGAUCAUCGAGAAGCGUCGUCGUGGUGACAAGGACUUCAUUGCCCACUCGUUGGACCUCUUCAUCGACUUCAUUCAGAUCUUCAGAAAGAUCCUGAUCAUUCUGAUGCAAAAGCAGGGUGAAAAGGAGGACAAUCGUGAACGUCGCCGUCGUCGCUAAUCGGGAACAUGGCAGGGUUACCUCUUAAACGUGGAAUAAUGAAAUAAACGAGCAAGAUCCUUUAAAUUAAUGAAUGUUUUCAACACAGACCUCCCAAGUAAAGUACCCGCGCACCAUUUCCAAUACGAUCAACGGUGUUCUUUGUCACGAAAAUUUCCUAUUCAACUGUCCACUUUUGAUGUGUUUUUUCUUCGCGAGAAUGUGGAAUAAAAUCUGCAUGAUCCGGAAA